ACAUAUCCCUACGUUGUUGGCUGCACUGUAUUUGGUGGAUUGUAUUUGGCGGAUAAUUUGUUUUGAUUUACCGAGUUUUUUGUUUUCAUUCUCAAACUUAAAUAGAGUCGUAAAGGUUCUGGUGUGUCUACCUGUGAUUGAAAAAAAUCUAAUUAUUUACAAAUAUGAGUACAAAUACGUUAUGUACAACCGAGAACAGCGAUGAAGCUGAGGAAAAAUCUUCGAACUCCAACGUCAACGGACUUCUGGAUAGUUCAGGAGAAGUUGUCAACACUUCCUACCGCUUACAAUCUUCAUAUUGCUCCACUGUGUCUAACGAUAGUGAAUUGUCGUCCUUAUCGCUAUGUUUGGAUAGGGAAAUGGAAAGCUAUUCGAGUCCCAUUGAUAUUGAUGAGUUACCGGCAUUCGAAGUACGUUUGAUAUCGCCUCUUGGGCGCACACCUUCGCCUAUUGACAGUGAGGAUAUGGCGACACCGACAAGACCUGCCCCAAAGGAAAGACUUGCCCCUAGCCCCUGCCACAACAAUCCUGACUACGUGGCGCUUCAAGAUAUAAAUGCUCAAAUAAGUCCGCCAAGUGAUAAUAGUGAACAGCCCGAGGACGAAUCGUGCCUUAGUCGAACUAGUAGUUUAGAGACAAUAUUUGAAGGUGUAUUUCUGAAUACGCCACCUCGGUCAAAUGGCAACACACACUACCCACGUAAUUCUCGAUGCAGAAAAAGUCUGCUGGAAAAAGUGGCUUUGAACCGCCUGCAAAGUGGGAAAGAAAAUAAAUCGCCACAGUCAAAACCAGAAUCGCCUUUGCGACAUCGCAAUUCCUUAGAUUUUAGUCCCAACACACGUGCAGACCAUGGAUUUUCCUAGAUGUUUAAAUAGUAUUAUUUAGAUACAAAUAUAUAUAUAAUUUUCUCAGUACACUUCUGAUUUUGUGUAUUCUCUAAUCGUGUUUUAUUUGAAAAAAAAAACAGUCCGCUAUUCAAAACGAUUCAUAAACUAAAUCUAUUUUACGCAGUCGUGUGUAUUUCCUCAUAUCUAUUAUCAAAUAUUGAUUUAUGUGUAUGUACCUAUAUGAUAAAUAAAACUAUAGUCAUGUUUCAAAAACACACAA